UUUCAGCGCAUGAAUGCGCCAACUUUCACGGGGACUGAGAACCCCACAGCAGUGCUUGAGUGGAUGAAGGAGCUGGACAAAAUCUUUGCUGUACUCCCCCUCCCCGACCGUCAGCGCGUGUCUCUUGCGGCAUAUCAGAUGAAGGAAGAUGCCUCAGACUGGUGGAUUGAGCUUUGGGCCCGGAAGCCCGAGGCGGAGCUUCAUGCUCUCACUUGGGAGCAAAUGAAGACGAUGGUGCGUAACAAGUUCCUCCCUCAGAGCUUUUGGGACAGAAUGGAGCACGAAUUCUAUCACUUGCAGCAAGGCAGCUCCUCGGUGGAUGAGUACAUCCGCACUUUCACCCGUAUGUGCCUUUUUGCGGGUGAUGCGGUGAACACUGAUGCUAAGAAGGCCCGGAAAUUUCUCAAGGGUCUCAACCAGAGGAUCCGUGAGUUGGUGGAAAGUCAUGGACCGAUGUCCUAUGCUGAUACCGUGAGCCGAGCUCAGGAGGUGGAGAGCUGUCUCAUCCCAGUUGUUCCCAUUCCAUCUUACCCUCCUGCCUCUCAGCCUCCUCAGGCUAUCCAGUAUGCUCAGCCCAUCUCGACCGUGCCGCUCGGCUCUAGCUCGGGUAAGAGGAAGUCCGACUUCAAGAACAAAAGCAAGGGUAAGAAAGUAAGUUUUGAUAGGUGUGACAACCCACCCUCCACCGGCCAAGCCUGCCAGAAAUACGGUAAAUCCCACAGCGGUGAGUGCCUAGCUAGCCAGCGCACCUGUUACAACUGCAACCGCCCGGGACACUAUGCUAAUGUUUGUCGUGAGCCAAAGAGACAGCA